GUCGCGGUGACGGUGAUUCACCCCAUCGCCAUCGUGAGCACGGCGUUCCGCCUGGGGUACCGCUGGCGGCGGAAGCGCUUCUGGUGGGACGACGCGCUCGCGGCGGCGUCCAUGGUCUUUGACCUUGUAUUCCUGAUCGCGAUAUGGAUACGCACGGACGGGCCAGGUCCGCCCGGCGCGCGCAUCGCGUCCUACUGGAUCGUCUCCGUCACGUUCACGCUCAUCCUCUGGUCCGCGCGCAUCAGCAUCCUGCUCUCCAUCGUGCGCCUCGUCCCGCCGAUGAUGACCAUGCGCCGCUUCACGCUCCUCCUCCUCCUCGUCUUCCCGUUCAUCACCGUCGGCCUCCUCGUCCAGAAGAUCUACCACUGCGCGAGCAACCUCGCGUGGUACCACGCGCCCGGCCUGCAGUGCCACCUCGGGCGGGACGUCGCCGUCGCCGAACUGUGCACGGACGUCUUCGCCGACGGCACGCUCGUGCUCAUCCCGCUGCGCCUCCUGUGGGGCGUGCGCCUCCCGCGCAAGCAGCGCCAGCUGCUCUUCACGGUGUUCUGCACGUCGCUCGUCACCACCAUCGUCAGCAUCCCGCACGCCAUCUACGUCAUGGGCGUCGCCGGGCUGUACGAGGGCAUCACCGCGCACAUCGAGGCGGGCGUCUCGCUCGUGGUCGCGAACCUGCUCGUGAUCACGACGUACCUGUACACGGUGUUCCGGCACGGCGAGAACAUCGAC